CGCAUUAGCUGCCAUCAACGAGAGCACAGAGCACAUCCCGGAAUUACAUAUAUCGUAUAUGAUAAUAAUGUCUGAUUCCAAAGCGGAGUACAACUCGGGUGAUUUGGGUGUGGAGCCGAUGGACAGCUUUGCAUCCCAAAUAUGUGCGCACUUUCCCAGUCUUCAGCAGCAUCGAAAGCAAAUUGUUAGUCAGGCCCAGCAGCAUUCCCAGAUGUUGGUGGCCAAUCUGUACAGGAACAAGAAGAUCAGCUGCGAGAAGCCCGCAUUUCCGCCGCAAGUGUGUGCUCCAAAGGCCUAUCGCUUCAAGGACAUCUAUUCCAGUCGCAAGGAUCGGUUGCUACGCGAGUGCCAGGAGCAGGAGCGCAAGCAGCGCGAGUUCCACAGCCGCCCGAUGCCCGAUUUCCGGCAGGUACACGAACGCCAGGCCUCCAGGGUCGUCGUGCAUCGGGUCACCUGUCCCAUGACCCCCAAUGUGCUCAGGAACUCGCGUGAAAUGGAGGAGAAGCGCCGCUUGCGGGUGGAGCAACUGCAGCGGGAGCGCGAGCAGCAGUGGCAGCUGCACAGAAUGCAGGCGCCCAGGGCCAAGCCCAUUCCGCUGAGCAGCCGGCAGCCCUUGUUGUCCUCGAAUCGUCCUGCCGCAGUUCAGCCAUUGAAGUUGAAGUUCGAGCCCUUCAACCUGACCGCCGAAUUGCGCGUCCAGCAGCGGCGCAUUUUCAACAUCCAGACGUCCAAGCUGCAGGAGACGCGGCGGCGCGAGCUGGAGGAUCUGCGCCAACGGGCGGAACGGGAGGCCUACCAGAAGCAGCGCCAACGAACCAUGUUCCGCGCCAGACCCAAUCCAUUCUCACAGACCGCACGUUGACCUGGGGAUUUCCCUCUAUU